AUGGCUUCACCGAAUAGUGCCAAUCCUCAUCAUGGCCUAUCGUGGACCUCUUCAAGUGCACCUAGUGGGAAAGGAGCUGAUCUUAUGGUCCUAAAGGCUGCAUCUGUACUUUCCACUUCUUAUUCUGAUAACGACUUUCGCGAUGCCAUUCUCUUAGCCGAUCAACGAUUCGUGGGAAGCAGUGGUAAAACUAGGCGCCUACUUCGUCUGGAUCUUCUAGGAGAAGCAAUUAGCUGCAAUGGCGAAAUUGUUAAGGAAAUGGGCGCUGUUGCAGAGCGACUGAAACUCGUCCGAGGAGUAGUGGAUAGAUUGAACUCUAGGAUCGAGGAUAUAAAAUGCCAAAUCGAUCUGGCUCAUGACCGAACCGCACCGGCAUUGCAAGGAAUGUCGUCCCUUUUCGAGCAGCGCAUGGAAAUCGAGAGGAAGCAAGAGACUCUCAGCGCAGUUGAACGUUAUUUCGUUAUGACAGAGGACGAGAUUGACUCUCUUACUUCAACUAUCAGACCAGUUGACAAUGAAUUUUUCACCAAUCUACAAAAGGCGAAGAAUAUCACUCUUGGCUGCGACAUUCUUCUUGGAUUUGAAAACCAAACCCUCGGCUUAGAAUUGAUCGACCGGACGUCUGUGCAUAUAAAUAUGGCUUUCCAAAAGCUUUACAAGUGGGUUCAGCAAGAAUUCAGGACACUGAAUUUAGAAAAUCCCAAUGUGAAUCCUUGCAUGCGACAGGCUUUACGAGUCCUUGCAGAAAGGCCUUCUCUGUUUCAGAAUUGUCUGGACUUUUUUUCAGCAUCCAGAGAACGAUUUUUAUCAGAAGCUUUUCACUGCGCCCUUACAGGCAUUACACCACAAGGGACCGAAGAUGCAACUACUAGGCCUAUUGAUCUAACAGCACAUGAUCCUCUCCGCUAUGUCGGCGAUAUGUUUGCUUGGGUUCACUCUGCCACGAAUGAUGUAUUCAAAACGUCAACCACAAGUCUAAAUGCAAAUCUCUGGACUCUACCCUCGGAUGAGGCUUCGCAAGGCACCGAUUUCAAGGUUCUUGAAGCCCUCAGCCACCUAAUGGAUCGUAGUUUCUCGCCUGUUGUUCGAAUACUACGUCAACGGGUCGAGCAGGCAGUACAAUCCAACGAGGAUGUCAUUCCUGCCUACAAGAUCUCCACGCUUCUCAAUUUCUACAGAGCUACCUUUGAAAAGCUUCUGGGUUCAGGAUCGGGCUUAGAAGAUUGUACAGGAGGUCUUGAGAAAGAAGCUAAGAGACAGUUCCGAUCACUCGUCAGAGAUAAUAUUCUCUCUAUCCAAGGAGAGUUCCAGCAAGUCCCUUCGAACCUAGAACCACCUCGAUUUCUUCAAGAUGCCUUUAAGCAGCUUGGUACCAUUCUGCAGACUUACGAAUCCUCCUUAUCUGCGUCUGCAGAUUCUGGCAGCGAGGCACAGAGCAUAUUGUCACAAGCUUUUGAUCCAUUUAUGUCUGGCUGCGAGGAGAUAGCAAAGCCUAUGACGUAUCCCGAGGGCGGAAUAUUCCUUGUCAACUGCAAACUUGCGGCGGCUCUUUGUCUUGACAGCUUUGAAAGUACAAUUUCCCGAGCGAGUCAGAUUCGAGAAGAUAUUUCAAGGGACGUCCUGAACUUGGUUGAUAACCAACAUAUUACUUUUCGCCAGAAAUCGGGUUUGGAUACCCUGCUAAACUUCUUAGACAACGGUAAACUUGCUGAGAUAGAUCAAGCUUCUGUUAUUCAAGCAAGCCAGGAGCUCGACGAUUUUCUUCCUUCCGCAUUGAUGGACGCAAUGGACAGGCUGAAGGGACUACAAGAUUCAGAAAUAGCUCGUGCUAUUGUAGAACAGGCAGCUGAAAAAUUCUGCACUGAUUUCGAGAGAUUGGAAGAGGCUAUUGAAAGGCAGAGCGGCGAUGAGGACGUAUCCAGUCCACUUGGGGACUUAAGAUUCUCAAGGACAUCGGCUGAUAUCCGCGUGCUCCUCUCUUGA